AUGGACCGCCGCCCGAAGUAUAUCGAUCUGGCCUUCACGCCGGCGCACAGCGAUCGCCGACGUGCUCGCGACGUCGGCCUCAUGGUCGCACGGAAACGGGAGCCACAGUGCUAUGGGGAGGUCGCGGAAGGUCUGGUGAAGAGAUCCGUGCUGAAAGGUCGCUUACAGACGCUUCCGGACAUCGCGCUCGAAAUCCAACUCCUGGCAAGUGCUCACCUUCCGCCUUUUGUGAUCUCCAAUCAGUUCUUCCUGGAUCGCAAGACGAACGAGAGACUCUGGAUGCAAGCGCGGGAGAAUGCCAAGUGUCUCCCGGAGCGACCACCGUUCAUGACCGAACCAGCGUUCAUCCAUCUCCUCUAUACAAGGAAUUGCAACGGUUGCGGUGCGCCCAAUGUCCGCAAGAUUCUGCAUGGCUGGUUCGUACGCUUGUGCACCGCGUGCACGCGCGACAGGACUGUUUGGUACGAACACGCGUUCCACGAAGUGCGCGCAAACGACUGCAAGUUUACUCUCAGCGCGAUCUUCGACCUCAACAACCUCCAGACGUAUCUCGCCGUUCAAAACUACUUGGGUUGCUCCUACAAUAAGCGCCACAACCGCCUGCUCAAGGAUCAUGUCACGCAUAUCUUGGAACGGUUCAGAGCUCUUGUGAAACCUUUCACUGAGGCUGUAAAGCAGGCGUUUCUCAACGAGGUGAUAGAGGACCAUUGUGCCCGUUCGGAGAUUCGUCCGCUGUACGUGCACGCCAUUUCGGCCUGGCUUGAACUCCAGGACCGCGCAAGAAACGCACAGCUCGGCGUUGCAAGGAGGGAGCGCUUUGAAGCGAUCGUCGUCAACCUACGCGAAGCCGGCUGGGACAAAGAGGUUGAUUUUCUGGGCGCACGUGGGAUGGAAGCGAUGUCGAAUCUGCCCGUGGUCCGACAAUCGUCGAAGCUGACGGCAGGAGCGUGGCAGAAGGUUCUAGUCGUACUCGAUACGUUACUGAACGACACAAGGGCGAAACGGCUGGAGAAGGAGCUCCGGAACGCACUCCGUGCGCGCUUCAACACGCUCGAGGACGCCAUCAUAGCCAUCAUCGAUGUGCCCACGGCUGAGAUAAUCACCGCUGACCAGUUUGCAGCUGUCUUUCCGUUCUCGCGCUGCGCUGGGACGCCGACCGCAAACCCCCUUGAGCUCGCCGUCGCCUCCUUCGCGUGCAAAACCAGAUGCCAGCCGGUCUUCGCGACAGUGCGCUACCCGGCGAUCCUCGCCCACAGAUGCCCCGAAGGUGACUGCUUCCGCCUCUCCAGCUGUGCCAGAGAUGAGUUUGAACAAGGCGACGUGUAUACUCGCACAACCACCUCUCUGGCGUGGUCCCCGUACGACUUGCAGUCGUACGCGCACGGCGCCGGGCUCCUGAGUGUCCGCGUCCCGUUCCACUUGGCACAGCUGGCUGCGACUGGGGAGGCAGAUGCGCGGCAGCUGAUGAACACCAUGCGCCGCAUCGUCGCUGCGCUCGGCCUCGACCCCGCGCGCGCCACGUUCGAUGAGCUGCAGGAGUGCUUUACGUGGCUCCGGUGCGUGACGUGUGAAACGGCGGAUCGCGCGGACUGGAUCCGCGCGCGGUCCUGGCGAACUGCUUGCGACCACGAGAAGUUCCACACGGACGGCGGCCCGCCGGGGCACGCGCGGGCGAGCCCGGAGUGGCGCUGUGCGGACAGGGACGACAUGUUCAAAGUGCGGGCGUCGUUGCUGUCCGCACGCCUCGUCCAGGGUUCCUACCUGUGGUGCUGCUCGCUCUGUCUGACUUUCAACGCGGCGGCGGACCUCAUGAUACGCCACUUGAAUGAGACACACAGCAUCACAGACCCGCAGGAAGCGCGGCGGGACGGGGUCAUCUACCUCCAUCCGUCUGAAGACAAGUCUUGCGUCGCAUACGCGUGCGGCCUCAUCAGCCUCCGCGCGCGCGUCGAGCCUCGGAGGGCGGACUAG